GCCUCCCCACCCGCCCCUGGAGGGCGGGACUUGGCUGCACCCACGUGUGGUGGAGUUAUAUGCUCCGAGCCCCGCAGAGAAGCUGGGAGUGCAGCACUGAGCCAGAUCGGUUAGAGCAGCGGCACGAUGGCUGGCAAGAAAGUCUGCAUUGUAGGCUCCGGCAACUGGGGCUCUGCUAUCGCCAAGAUUGUGGGCGGCAAUGCGGCCCAGCUGUCACACUUUGACCCACGGGUGACCAUGUGGGUGUUUGAGGAAGACGUCGGAGGGAAAAAGCUGACAGAGAUCAUCAACACACAGCAUGAGAAUGUCAAAUACCUGCCAGGGCACAAGUUGCCCCCCAACGUGGUGGCUGUCCCAGAUGUGGUCCAGGCUGCAGCCGGUGCUGACAUCCUGAUCUUUGUGGUGCCCCAUCAGUUCAUCGGCAAGAUUUGUGAUCAACUCAAGGGCCACCUGAAGGCAAACGCCAUUGGUGUAUCUCUUAUUAAGGGGGUAGACGAGGGCCCUAAAGGGCUGAAGCUCAUCUCUGAAGUGAUUGGGGAGCACCUUGGCAUCCCCAUGAGUGUGCUGAUGGGGGCCAACAUUGCCAGCGAGGUGGCUGAUGAGAAGUUCUGUGAGACAACCAUUGGCUGCAAGGACCAGGCCCAAGGAGAGCUUCUGAAAAAGUUGAUGCAGACACCCAAUUUCCGCAUCACAGUGGUGCCAGAGGUGGAUACAGUAGAGAUUUGUGGGGCCUUAAAGAAUAUAGUGGCCGUGGGAGCUGGCUUCUGUGACGGGCUGGGCUUUGGUGACAACACCAAGGCAGCGGUGAUCCGACUGGGGCUCAUGGAGAUGAUCGCCUUUGCCAAGCUCUUCUGCAGUGGCCCUGUGUCCUCUGCCACCUUCUUGGAGAGCUGUGGUAUCGGUGACCUCAUCACCACCUGCUAUGGAGGGAGGAACCGAAAGGUGGCCGAGGCCUUCGUCCGCACAGGAAAGCCCAUUGAGCAGCUGGAGAAAGAGAUGCUGAAUGGGCAGAAGCUGCAGGGGCCCCCGACAGCCCGGGAGCUACACAGCAUCCUCCAACACAAGGGCAUGGUGGACAAGUUUCCUCUAUUCAUGGCUGUGUACAAAAUAUGCUAUGAGAACCAUCCAGUGGGUGAAUUCAUCUGUUGCCUGCAGAAUCAUCCAGAACAUUUGUGAGCGGAGCUGGGGCCAGGCCAGGCAGCUUCUUUACCCCAGUGGAGACAGUCAGAAGCUUGGGGUACCUGGCCACCAGGAUCUCGGGGACUCUCCAUGGAGCAGCCUCUUCUGGGGGACAGGAGGCUGUGGGGCCCAGCUACCUGCCUGGAGAUCCUGAACCAUCAAGCAGCCCAUAGCCUCUUGCCACCACAUCUCGCCAGAAGUGGAGUUGCCUUGUCCCUCUCCAGAUGCGGGGUUUUCUCCUUGUCCUCUGAAAGGGGUAGAAUCACACCCCAGUCCUGUCUGCUUUGGGUGUGUGUGUUGAGGGGAGGGUGAAGGGAGAGGGAGGCAAGGGCUGCCCACUGCUGCCUCUCACACACCAGAAGUCCUGUCCCCAAGCCCAGUUAAAUGGCUAAAGAAGUACCUCAGCCACAAGAGGAAUGAGGUAAGGGCUGCCAAGGAGGGGUCUGGGCUUUUGAGCCGACACAGGCCCCAGGGACCCCUUUGCUCUGACCUCUGCCAAGCCCCACACAGCAUCAAUGGAUCUCAGUGUUUGUUAACAAAAUACAAAGCUCUCAACCCCC